AUGGACGAGAAAGAUGAAAUCAUCGAACUUCUCGAAUUCGACGUCUCCGGGAUGUCCUGCGACCGAUGCGCGAUGUGGGUGACCGAGGCGAUCAAGAAGAACGUCGAGAACGUGGUCGAUGUUCGCGUGAAAUCGGUGAAGACGACAGAGAGGAACGUUUGUGUGAGUUUAAAGUUGUUGUUGUCUGAUGAUGAUGAGAAAAAAGGUGCCUCCUCCUCCUCCUCUAAGACGGAGACUAAAAAUAUUAUUCGAGCGUUGGAGUUGGCCGGGUAUGGAUGCGUCGAAAGCAACGAGAAUAAUACGACAAUGAAAACAACAACGAAUCCAGGAGUAUUCUCAGACGACGACGAAGAUGAAGAAGAGGAAAAGGGAAGAUUAAUAAAGAGUAGUAAUUCGGUGUCCUCGUUUACCGAAAAGCAGACGAUAAAAUCAAAAACGUAUCACUUCAACGUGGAAGGCAUGACGUGCGCGUCGUGCGUGUCAGGGGUGGAAAACGCGAUUAAAAGUAUCCAGGACGACUCUAUGAUUUCGUUUUCGGUGAACUUAUUGAGCGAAAGUGCAACAGUGGUAAUUGCGAAUGACUCGAAGUUGAAACCAGACGAUAUCGCGAAUGAAAUUUCAGAUUUCGGUUUCGACUGCGCGGUGUCGAAACCGGACGCGAUGAAGUUUAACGUUUCCGGCAUGGUGUGUCAAUCGUGUCCGCCUAGGAUUGAGAAUGCAAUUUUGAAACGGUUCCCAAACGAUGUGGUUUCCGUGUCCGCGUCGGAACUGUUGGAGAAAGUGGUGGUUGAAAUGAAACCAGGGACGUCCGUCGGCGCGAGGGAUAUUUUAUACGCCAUUCAAAGUCUCGGGUACGGGUGCGAAAUAUGGAACGAAAACGAAAGCGAUGAAAAAAAAGGACGGAAAUCGAAACUCAUCGAACGAAAGUACAAGAAGCAGUUCUUACUCUCCGUCCCGCUGGCGUUGCCGUUGCUUUUGAUGAUGAUUGUGUUUGAUCCGAUUGACGAGACGAAAGCGUUCUUCAUGCAAAAAGUGGACGGUAAUCAGCGAGUUUCGCUGAUGUGGAUCAUAUCGUGGAUAUUAGCGACACCGGCGCAAUUUGUUCUCGGGUACCAAUUCUACGCGCGCGCGUUUUCGGCGAUGAAACACAAAACAGCCACCAUGGAUACGCUCAUCGCCAUGGGCACGUCCGCCGCGUACUUUUAUUCAGUCUACGUCGUCUUGAAAAAUGUUUUUUCAAAGUCACACGACGACGAGAAUAAACACGGGAAGGAAGACGCGAUAUUUUUCGAAACGUCCACGGUUUUAAUCUCAUUUGUACUCUUGGGUAAAUGGCUGGAGGCGCGCGCGAAGGGAAAGGCGUCCGAGGCGAUACAAAAGCUCGUGUCCUUGGCGCCAAACACGGCAAUCAUAUGCGAAGUCAUCAACAACAACAUCGAAGCAAUGCAGAUUGUUUCCGAGCGAGAGAUAGAUUCAAACUUGUUACAACGCGACGACGUCGUGAAAGUUGUCCCUGGUUCGGCGUUUCCCGUGGAUGGCGUCGUUUUGAGCGGUGAAACCGCCGCGGACGAAUCCGCGAUAACCGGUGAAUCCUUACCGGUGCCAAAAACGAAAAACUCCUUUGUCAUUGCUGGAACGACAAAUACGUUUGGAACCGUAUUCGUCGCCGCCACGAACGUCGGUGCGGAACGCGCGUUAAACAAAAUCGUGCGUUUGGUAGAAGACGCGCAAACGAGUAAAGCGCCGAUACAAGCCAGAGCGGAUAAAAUUUCUGCCGUCUUCGUCCCGUCUGUCGUCGCGCUGGCGUUUUUAUCCUUCAUCUUUUGGCUCAUCGCCGUGAAAGCGACCACGUCGGUGCCAAAAUCAUGGACGGAGGACGAAGGCGAGUUUGUAUUUUGUUUCGUAUUUUUCGUCACGGUAUUGGUCAUCGCGUGUCCGUGCGCUUUAGGUUUAGCGACACCAACGGCGGUCAUGGUUGGCACCGGUGUUGGCGCAAAACUUGGUAUUUUGAUUAAAGGUGGCGAACCGCUGGAAAUCGCGCACGACGUGACCGUCGUGUGUUUCGAUAAGACCGGGACGUUAACGCUCGGUUUACCGAGCGUAGUUGAAGUUUUCUGUGCGCCUGGAACAAACGUAGGUAUCGAUGAAGCGCAGCUGUUGAAAAUAGCCGCCGUGGCGGAGAAGAGUUCAGAACAUCCGCUCGGGAAAGCCAUUGUUUUGUACGUCGAGGAAGACCGCCAACUCGAUGUCUCCGAUUUGUCCGUGUCAAACUUUGCCGCCGUACCUGGACGAGGAUUGGAGUGCAUGUUGCGAUCGGAGGGAAGACAACAAGAAAAGAAAUUGCGCGUCGGUAAUUCUGAUUUCAUUCUCGACGACGACGACGACGGUAGCAAGGCAAUUUCGUCGUCGUCGUCGUUCUCCGAAAUAAUAAGAUCCUGCGAAGAAAAAGGAUGCACGGUCGUGUGCGUCGAGUUGGACGGCGUUUUCCUCGGUUUCAUCGCGUUGGCAGAUAAGCCGAGACCAGAGGCGCAAAAAGCGUUGCGAGCGUUGAAACAACGAAACGUUGAAAUCGCCAUGGUAUCUGGCGACAACAAAGCCGUCUGCGAGACGAUUGCGCGUCAAAUCGGGAGCAUCGAUUACAUUUUUUCACAGUGUUUGCCGCGAGAUAAAGUCAACUGCGUCAAAGAGUUGCAAGCGAGAGAACGAAAACCGAUCUCUUCGAGUGGUGGUAGUAGUAGUAGUAGUUCGAGGAGGAGGACGAAAAAUGGAAAGAACGUCGUCGCGUUUGUCGGUGAUGGCGUGAAUGAUGCACCAGCGAUGACGCGCGCGAAUAUAGGCAUCGCCGUCGGUGCUGGCACGGACAUCGCCAUGGAAGCGGCUGGUAUCGUUUUGGUAAAAUCUGACAUUUUCGACGUCGUCCACGCGCUUGAUUUAUCGCGCGCCACGUUUCGGCGCAUCGAAAUGAACUUGUUCUUUUCGUUAGGAUACAACGCGCUCGGGAUACCCAUAGCUGCGGGUCUAUUGUACCCAUUCGUGAAAGUUCGGUUGCCUCCAGAAGUCGCUGGCUUGGCGAUGGCGUUGAGUUCCGUUUCCGUAGUCACGUCGAGUUUAAUGUUGAAAAGAUUCAAGCGAUGCAAAGAAGAGGAAGAGUUUGAAGACGAAGCGGUGGUGACGACAGACAACAUAGUCUAG